GCCGAGGGUCAGCUGGAGAAGUCGAUGGUGGCGGACAACAACUCGGGGAAGAAUUUGAUGAGCAACAUCCGCACGAGCUCCGGCACAUUCCUGAGGAAGCAUCAGGAUGAAAUUGUCGCGAGAAUUGAACGCAGGAUUGCUGCUUGGACCUUCCUUCCAGAAGAAAAUGGGGAGCCUAUACAAGUGCUUCGGUAUCAAAAAGGUCAGAAGUAUGAGCCUCAUUUCGACUAUUUUCGUGACAAAUUCAAUAUAGCACGCGGAGGUCAUCGAUUUGCUACGGUGCUUAUGUACUUAUCCAAUGUUAAGAAGGGUGGUGAAACCAUCUUUCCAUCUGCAGAGGGUGCAGCUUCUCAAUACAAAGAUGAAACUUGGUCUGACUGUGCAACUGCCGGUUAUGCAGUAAAACCUGAUAAGGGCGAUGCUCUACUCUUCUUCAGCCUUCACACAGAUGCAACACUAGAUCCCAAAAGCCUGCAUGGAAGCUGCCCGGUCGUAGAAGGUGAAAAGUGGGCUGCAACAAAAUGGAUUCAUGUGAGGUCCUUUGACCAUCCAGUUAGACAAAGCUCAGUCGUAGGAUGUUCGGAUGAGGAGGAGCACUGCCCAGAAUGGGCUGCUGCAGGGGAGUGUGAAAAGAAUUAUCUAUACAUGGUAGGAAGCAAAGACUUUGAUGGAUACUGUCGUAAGAGUUGUGGGGUUUGCAAAUCUUAAGCUCUGGUUCAUACUGUAAAGCCUGAAACUUGAAUCUUACCCUAUUGAACAAUAGCAUGUCAUAUAUUUUCUAGCACACCAUCUAAUAUUUGUUAUUUCCGGAGGGCACUAUGAUCUCCAAGAAAACUGAGAAUUAUUCAGUAGAGCUUGAAGGCUGAGCAUCUAUCAUUCAUAAGA